AUGGCUUUGAAGCUGAACCAAAUAGCCUUCCCAUCCACUCACAACCUUCCUUCCCAAUCUCGCUGUAUUAGAUCUCCUCCUAGAGUUCUCAUGGCUUCCACUUUGAAUUCCAUUUCCACCAAAGAGGUUCAGAAUCUAAAGAAGCCCAAUUGUCCUCCACGGGAGCUACAUGUUCAAGUGACCCAUACUAUGCCUCCGCAAAAGCUGGAGAUUUUCAAAUCCUUGGAAAAUUGGGCAGAGGAUAACCUCUUGGCCCUCCUAAAGCCUGUUGAGAAUUGUUGGCAGCCACAAGAUUUUCUUCCAGAACCUGAGUCAGAUGGAUUUUAUGAGCAAGUUAAGGAGCUGAGGGAAAGAGCAAGGGAGCUCACUGAUGACUAUUUUGUUGUGCUGGUAGGAGAUAUGAUUACUGAAGAAGCCCUCCCAACUUACCAGACAAUGCUUAACACCCUUGAUGGUAUUAGGGACGAGACUGGUGCGAGCCUUACUCCUUGGGCAAUUUGGACAAGGGCAUGGACUGCUGAAGAAAAUAGACAUGGUGACCUUCUCAACAAGUAUCUCUACCUCACUGGAAGAGUAGACAUGAAGCAUGUUGAGAAAACAAUUCAGUAUCUUAUUGGGUCAGGAAUGGAUCCUAAAACAGAAAACAACCCCUACCUUGGUUUCAUAUACACUUCAUUUCAAGAGCGUGCUACAUUCAUCUCACAUGGGAACACAGCUAGACUAGCAAAGGAGCGUGGGGAUAUGAAACUGGCACAAAUAUGUGGCAUCAUUGCUGCAGACGAGAAACGCCACGAAAUUGCCUACACCAAGAUUGUGGAGAAGCUCUUUGAGAUUGAUCCAGAUGCCACCGUCUUGGCAUUAGCUGACAUGAUGAGGAAAAAAAUCUCAAUGCCAGCUCACAUGAUGUUUGAUGGUCAGGAUGAUAACCUUUUUGAGAACUACUCAGCUGUUGCCCAGAGGAUUGGGGUCUACACUGCCAAGGACUACGCCGAUAUUCUGGAAUUUCUUGUAGGACGAUGGAAUGUAGAGAAGCUGACAGGCCUUUCUGGCGAGGGACGUAGAGCACAGGAUUUUGUUUGUGGAUUGCCUCCAAGGAUUAGAAGGUUGGAGGAGAGAGCUCAGGCUAGGGUCAAACAAGCAUCCAGUGCGCCAUUCAGCUGGGUUUUUGGUAGAGAAUUGGAACUCUGA